CUCAGAGGAAGAGGGAUCAGAUUUAAGAGCUGCAGGAGAGAAAUCAUCCAGCAAUUUCAUCUCCUAGACCUCAUCAGACUCUGACCCAGUUCUUGAAUGACUUUGGAGACCCAGAUGUUUCAGAAUGCACAUUCUGGAAGCCAAUGGCUACUCCCACCACUGACAAUGUUGCUGCUGUUUGCUUUUGCAGACAGGCAGACGGGAGAUCUUCUGAAGGCUGUGGUGAAACGUGAUCCCCCAUGGAUCCAGGUGCUCAAGGACGACACUGUGACGCUGACGUGCGAAGGGACCCACAAUCCUGGAAACUCUUCUACCCAGUGGUUCCACAACCAGAGCUCCACCUGGGGCCAGGUCCAAGCCAGCUACACGUUUAAGGCCACAGUCAAUGACAGUGGAGAAUACCGGUGCCGAAUGGCGCACACCAGCCUCAGCGACCCCAUACAUCUGGAAGUGAUUUCUGACUGGCUGCUGCUCCAGACCCCUCAACUGGUGUUUGAGGAAGGGGAAACCAUCACAUUAAGGUGCCAUAGCUGGAAGAACAAACAGCUGACUAAGGUCUUGUUGUUCCAGAAUGGAAAACCUGUGAGGUAUUAUUAUCAAAGCAGCAAUUUUUCAAUCCCCAAAGCCAACCACAGUCACAGUGGGAACUACUACUGCAAAGCAUAUCUAGGAAGGACAAUGCAUGUGUCCAAGCCUGUCACCAUCACUGUCCAAGGUUCAGCAACCGCGUCCACCAGCUCUCUAGUGUGGUUCCAUGCCGCUUUCUGCCUAGUGAUGUGCCUCCUGUUUGCAGUGGACACCGGCCUGUAUUUCUGUGUACGGAGAAAUCUUCAAACCUCGGGGGAGGACUGGAGGAAAUCCCUGUCAGUCGGAAAGUACAAGGCUCCACAGGACAAAUGACAUCCCAUCGUAUGGCUAAACAGCGGCAGCUUCUUUUCAGCCACACCGCCGCUUCAUCUACAGCCUUCCUUUGAAAGCAACUUACCACCAGGCUGGAUAUUUGGUCCUGCAAUCACAACUGCUAGGAGGCUGAGGCAGGAGGAUCACCAAAGGCUGCCCGGGUUUUAGAGAAGAGAGAGUGCAAGUCUAUCCUGGAUAACCCAAUAAGACCCUGGGUUUAGAUGGCUUAUCAGGAAAGAGCACCCAUUGCUAAGCUCACAGACAAGACCACAGAUUGAUCCCUAAGGACACAGGGCAAAGGGAGAGAACAAAUUCCUGAAAGUUGUCCUCUGACCUCCACACGUCCACCAUGGCAGAUGCACACAAUAAACAAAUUAAAAUGUAAUAUAUAUAUUUUAAACAAGAGGUGGGGAAAGGCUGGGGGUUGGUGGCACAGUUUUUAUCCAGGACACAUGAUGCUCUGGAUUUUGACCUCCUAUAAUAAAACAGAAAUCAAUCUGG